AUUUUCGCUUCUAAUCUCAUGAGUUUCAAUAUCAACUGCCCUGCCAACCACUACGCCAUCGUUAACCUUUCAUAUGCUUCAACUCAAUAUCAAAACUUCAUACCCCAAAUACUAUUCCUUCUCUUCACUUCUUAACCAAAUGAACAAUAAGAAGAGGAUUCAACAAACAGACAAAUCCGUCAAGAUCACUAACCCGACAAAAACCAUUAGAAAAUCUUCCACCACCACCAUUAAAGUCGAGCCAAAACCAAAAUCAGGAGCAAAACCCGGCUCCCUUUUUCAAGAAAAGGACGAGAUAGUGCCCACAACGUCGGUUUCUUCAGUUUUCUUUGAAAGAUUUUCAAUCUUGAGUCCCGAUUUCUACCAAAUUGAUGCCCUUGAUCUUGCCCCACGUUUGCUGGGUAAGUAUCUCAAGAGAGAUGAUGUUGUUCUUCAGAUAACUGAGGUCGAAGCUUAUAGGCCAAAUGACUCAGCUUGCCACGGUCGAUUCGGCGUUACUGCAAGGACUGCCCCUGUUUUUGGAACAGGUGGUCAUGCAUACGUUUAUCUUUGCUAUGGUCUUCAUAUGAUGCUCAAUGUGGUGGCAGAUAAGGAAGGAAUUGGUGCAGCUGUCCUCAUUCGUUCUUGUGCUCCAGUUAGUGGACUAGAAACCAUCCAACAGCGCCGUGGUUUAAAAUCUGAGAAGCCUGUUCUCCUUACAGGGCCUGGAAAGGUUGGCCAAGCAUUGGGAGUUUCAACAGAGUGGUCGAACCAUCCUCUUUUUACUCCUGGUGGUUUGGAACUCUUAGAUGGACCAGAGCCAGAGAAGAUACUCAUUGGUCCAAGAGUUGGUAUAGAGUAUGCUUUGCCUGAGCAUGUUAAUGCACCAUGGAGAUUCGCCAUAGCCGGUUCUCCUUGGAUAAGCGCACCAAAAAAUACUCUCAGACCUCCCUAAGUUCAAUGCAUCCAACAUCGAGGAGAAAGAACUAUGAACUAGAUUAUUUUUGUGAAGUAUGUUAAUGCUUACUUGGUUGGCGGUGUUAUAACAACAGGCAAUCACAGCCAUCUGUUAAUAUGUUAUACACUCCUUUCUUUUCUUUUUUUUUUCCUUUCGAAGGAAAGAACCAGCAAAACUGGGAACGUUUGAUUCAGUCCCGACACUUCAACUUUUUCAAA